AACUCUCUCGAACAGCUGCCAUCUCUUUCUUGCAAGCCGCUUCCACCCCCCACGCUUUCCCUAGAUCUCCUCUUCUUCACCUCCGAAAGAUAAGACAUCUCUCCUUAAUUCCCGCUGUCCCGCUUCUGGCUCCAUUGUUCUUCGUCCUUCUCUUCUCUGGCUUCAGUUUGAGCAUCUUCUCAACUACCACGGUCUCCAAAACCUAUCGAAUCCCCUUUUUCCGUGUUUUUUUCUGAUGGAAUUUUGGCCCUGGUUCGCCAAUGUUCUCGCGGAGCAAUAAAAGAGACGCCUUUUCACGGGAGAGGAAGGAGAUGGAGCAGUGGCGGCAGCAGCAGCAGGCGAAGGGGCGGCUGCCGCGGCUUGAUCGGCGGAACGCGGUGAAGAACAUCGAGUACGAGGCGGAGGCGGAGGCGGUCGACGGCGUGUCCUGGACCUCCUCGUACUUGGGGGACGAGCCCCCUGGCCUCCGCACCACCCGAUCGUUGGACCUCUCGCCGUCGUCGUACUCGAAGCAGACGAGUUUCCGAAUUGGGGGGAGCAUCGAGGGCGAGGUCGACCUCCUCUGCCGCAGCCUCGGGUUGGCGGGACCGGAGGACUUCGCCAUCCCCGUCACCGCCUGGGAGGCCCGCAAGGCCCGGUCCAACUCCGACCUCCUCCCGAGGUCCCGCCUCCUCCACCCUGAUAGCGCCGCCCCUCCAGAUCCCACCUUUGCCACGAACUCUACCCCUGCGGAUGCCGAUCCCCCCAAAGUACUGGCCGAAGAAUUCGUCGGCCGGCAGGAUGUGGAGGAAGUUCCAGGCGAGCCUGACAGGCCCGUGGUUGAAAUCAAGGUUCUUGAUGAUGAAAAGCCUAAGAAUUUGACUCCGCUUCCGGUCGUAAGAGCCGGAGAUGGAGGAAUUAAAGGUGUUCGACCUCCAGUUCUAGCUCCUCCGCCGGUAAUUUCAACUCUUUCCCCUCCGCCAGGGAGGCGGGUGCGGGCACCUGCCAUCGACAGCGGAGGCUCGACUUGGGAUCUAUUGAAGUCUUUCGCUCCUGACGAAGAAAACAAUGAUUUGGGUGCGGAAGGGAGGAGAAGGAGAUCCUUCAACUCGGAGGAGGAUGAGCAAGAAGAAGCAGCUCCUGCAGGAGGAGAGGUUGCAGGUUUGGAAUUGAGGCUGGGGGAGACAUCUGAGGAAUUCACUGGGACAUCGUCAUACUCCACCAUGAAUGACGACGACGCCUCCAGCACAACUACUGAAACAAUGUUCAUCAUCUCGCCAAAUGGCAAGUUCAAAAGGAGGAUCAAGUCAUGGAUGCGGGGUGUGCUCCUUGGGAGUGGUUCAUUUGGCAUGGUGUAUGAAGGGAUCAGCGAUGAGGGUGCAUUUUUUGCUGUCAAAGAAGUAUCUUUGCUUGACCAAGGAAUCAAUGCUGAACAAUGUAUUCUUCAACUUGAGCAGGAGAUCGCGCUUUUAAGUCAGUUUGAACAUGAAAACAUAGUUCAGUAUUAUGGAACAGAUAAGGAAGAUUCCAAACUGUUUAUCUUCCUUGAGCUUGUUACUCAAGGAUCUCUUGCAUCUCUAUAUCAGAAGUAUCGUCUGCGCAAUAGUCAAGUCUCUGCAUUUACCAGGCAGAUCUUAAAUGGUUUGAAGUAUCUUCAUGACCGAAAUGUGGUGCACAGAGAUAUUAAGUGCGCUAAUAUUUUGGUUCAUGUAAAUGGAUCUGUAAAGCUUGCUGACUUUGGAUUGGCUAAGGAGAUAACCAAGUUCAACGUGCUGAAAUCAUGUAAAGGAAGUGUAUACUGGAUGGCUCCAGAGGUUGUUAAUCCUAGAAAAACAUAUGGGCCUGCAGCUGAUAUAUGGAGCCUUGGGUGCAGUGUCUUGGAGAUGUUAACACGUCAGCUUCCCUUUCCAAACCUUGAGUGGACGCAAGCUUUAUUUAAGAUUGGCCGUGGUGAGCAACCUCCAAUUCCCAACUCCUUGUCAAGAGAUGCCCGUGAUUUUAUCAGUCAGUGCGUGAAAGUUAACCCAGAUGAACGGCCUUCUGCUGCUCGACUAUUAGAGCAUCCAUUUGUGACGAGACUGAUGGCAUCUUCUUCUGGAUCCGAUUCCUCCGCACACGGUAAUGAUGGAUGGAAUUAACUAAAAGUGAGAACUGGCACUUAGCUACCGAAUGGAUGACCAUCUGAAGGUAAAACAGAUAUUUGAUAUCUUUUCGUGCAAAUGGGUGUGCCGGAGAUUGGAUGCUCCUGAUUUAUAAGCAGAUUCUUGGCCGGCGACGAAUACUUUUCUGUUUCCUUGGUGGUGUUUAAGGGCUUCAACGGUAGUAUGAUUUUUUUAAAAUAUUUAUUUUUGGAUGGUUUCGGUGUUGUUUUGGUUCAUAUCCUUGCAAAAUUGGUCAUGUAUUUGGGCAGAGGAAAGAAAAGUGGAUGUGCACCCAAAUCCGGGUGAGAUGAAUGCAUGAUUAUUUGUAAAUAUGUUUUUAUUGAAGUGUCAUCUGCAAGGCUAUGUUUGCUUGCUAAAAUAUCAGUGGUCUUCUUAUGUUGAGAAUGUGAACGUGCUUUGCUGCUUA